AUGAUUGUUCUAACAAUCAAUCAGGAAACUAGCGCCAUUGAAUGGAAAGUAUCCGAGCACACAUUAAUAGAUGGACCGACGGAUGCUUUCGGCGAACUUGAAUUUACAGGAGCUGGACAAACAAGUAGAGCUAAGGUAAGCUUAGACUUAAUUCCAUGUCUAUCACGCUAACACAAGGCAAAUAUAAUUAUGGAGGCUGUUUUUAUUUCUACACACCCUACCGUAGUUGACGUGUGUCGCUCAAAAACAUCUUUGCUGAAGCUCCCUAUUAAAGAGUGGGACCCCGCCCUACUGACAGCCCCCUUGAUACGAACACCCACAUUUAAGAAUUUUUUAUGACUUUCAUGGAUUAAUACAGUCUUUAACCCUUGUACUGAAGCCCUUUAAUAGAGUUUCGGCCUCACUAAAGACGUUUCACUUCCUUAGCUUUUUUGUUGAAGUCAUUGUUCCUAUACUUCUUCCUCUUUGUCUGCUUUAGUAUUUACGUCAAUACAAGAUUUGUCCGUGACGUUUUACUGUUGAACCCGAUAAAUAUGGACGACACCAUGGUAUGUCCCCUUGGCCGUCUGCAUUAACCAGGUUCCCGGGUGACUGUUUUUGAGGACUAUCCGAUAUGCUUUAGUGACUGCAAAUGUAACCCUGUAAAGCUUCAACAAACUUGCUUCAGAUUGAUGAAAUCUUAAGUUCGUUAGUUCUUAUCAUGGUUUUUUUUUUUUCGGUAGUUCAUUCGUAUUUCUGAUGACACAGAUCCUGACGAUGUUCUUCACCUUUUACAAAAGGAAUGGAAGUUAGAAUUACCCAAACUUGUCAUCUCUGUUACUGGUGGAGCAAAAAACUUUGACAUGCAUCCCAAAUUAAAGGAUUUGUUUCGACAGGGAUUGUUGAAGGUGCUUAAUUGUGUAAAGUAAAUCAUCAAUACACAUAAUCAUUGCUGGAAAUGUCAUCAUAAAAUAGUGUUUACAUUCAGACUGCUAUUCAAGUCUGAGAGUAAGGCAAUGUUUACAUUAUGGUGGAUAGCUUUACAUGGCGCCACCAAAAGCUUUCCAGUAUAGUGUAAACAUAGCCUUAAUUAGUAAAAUCCAGCAAGUGGUCUAUUAUCAAUGCUGCGUUCUGAUUGGUUGAGCUACUACUGGGCUAUAUGUUAUAGCCUACUAGUAGCGAAAAGGGCCGGAUUUUUGGCGGCAAAAAAGGAUUAAAGUCUUGCUUUAAGUUGUUUUGUCCCGAUAUUUUUUACCAACUAGUUGGUUUUUAGUAAAACAAUUAUUCCUCUCGCCCCCAUGGCCUCUGAGUCAAUAGUCCAUUCGGCCUUCGGCCUCAUGGGCUAUUGACUCAGAGCCCAUUCGGGCUCAAGAAAUAAUUGUUAAAGAUAUCAGUCCGAAGAGUGCCCGAAGUAAAAAAAGAGAAAAAAUAAGAAGGAGAAAAGGUUUCUUUUCUAAACUACCACAAAAAAGAGAAAAGAGAAAAGAGAGCAUAAUUAAAUUCAGGCUUGACCUUAGCAACAGAGAAUGAUCUAACUCAUUCUCUCUUGACCUUAAGUACUCUUCUCUUCAUAUAUUUCUUUACCAGGCAGUUGAAUUAUGGGAAACUUAACAUUUUUAUCAUAUAACCAGCUCCUAGUUGAUUUGCUAGCUUAAUUGGUUAGAGUGCUGCACCGGUAACGCAUUCCGGGUUCCAAUCCCGGCAAGCCUGAACUUUUUCACCGUUUCUUCUCGCAACUGCAUAAGUUGCGUAUUUUACUCUGAUGAUUUUCUCUGAAUUAAUUUAAUAUACUCGAACCUCUCCUAGCCUUUUCCAGGCUCUCCGUUGGUGGGGAUGAAGCGUAAGUAAAAGGCAAGCGAAAUUGUGAGCGCGUGAUCUGGGAAAAGGCAGCGGUAGCGGAAAAAGAAAUGGAGUGAGAGGAAGGGAGACGACCUUCUUCUCCCAACUUUCCUCCCGUUUUAUUUUUGUGUUUGCGCUUUCUCAAUUUCUUGGACCCAACUACCUCGGAGCCUGGAACAGGCUAAACCUCCCCGAGCAACUAUUCAAAAUAAGAGGAUUUCUUGGUCUCUUAUGAAAAAGGCAGAGAAUUUAUUGCAAACAAUUUACUUUUCAAAGUUGUCACAGAAAGUUCUUCGUGUACCCUGGGUGGCGUAGUACAUACAGUGGACAAAAAAACGCCGCGACAUUCACCAAGUGGUCGCUUACAAGAGGUGAAAAACAAUGGAAAACUAUAAGACCGUCAGGCCAAAAAGUGGUCGAAGUGGCUUAUAGGAGGUGAUCGCUUACGAAAGUUCUAACUAGAGAGCUUUCACGCAGCGGAAACUUCGGUGUUUUGAAUAGAUGGUCGCUUAUGGGAGGUGGGCACUUACGUCGCGCGAGGUGGUCGCACAUGGAGGUUCGACUGUAGCACAAAGAGGUUGUAGAUGAAACUGAAAAACAUCAUUAUUAAAGGGGCUGUGUCACGGCAGUCGAGUUCAUUUUGUUUAAUUUUGCCAAUUACUCGCCCUCAAUCGCUAUGGAAAUUAAAGAAAGUAAAGAAAUUACAGGUAUAUGACAAAAUCAGAGAUCCGAGACAAACAAAUAUGUCUCCUGAACAUUAUUUUUGAAGUUGCAAGCAGCAGGGAUCAACUUUGAAACACUGUUAGGCUGAGCAGUUUUCAAAAACCCUAAUUUCAAUCCGUCUCAAUCUUCUUCAGUUUUGCCCGUCCGUGACAUCUGUUGUUUCUGUUAUGUUAUUUCAACCGUCCUUUAAAGUUUUAAGCAGUUAUUUUUAUGUUUCUCUUAAUUUAACGGGCGUUUUGUAAUUUCCUAAUUUGGCUUAAUUUCGUGACACAACUCCUUUAAAGUCAUGUGAACAUCCCGAGCCUUUUAAAGUGCAUGGAGCCUUGGUGCCUUUGUCCUCAGCCUAAUGAGAUUUUAGCCUUUAAAACGAUGCUAUAAAAAUUGAACAAGUCCAAGAUUAUUUAGGGAAUACUCUGAAAAUCUUUCAUGUGCAAAGCCCGGAUAGAUUAUGACGCUUUUCGAAACUUAUCGACAGCAGCCCAUUAUACACGUGAUUCACUCCAUGACUACCCAAGGUCCCUUUCCUUAGCACCUGAAAGGAUUAGUCUGCCUUUAUCAUCACAAGACACCAUGAAAGGGUACCCCCUGAUGGUCUCUUGUUUAAUGUUAGAAAGAACGAAUUGAAGGUUUUGAAAAAGUUCGUGACUUCGAACACACGUACUCGAAGUAACGAAAAAUAAGCGUAGAAAGGCUGCAUCCAUAAUAACUUCUUAAACUGUUAACCUCUCUUCAAAAUUUUUUGCACAGGCAGCCAAGACCACUGGUGCAUGGAUAAUAACAGGGGGAACAAACACUGGCGUAAUGAAACACGUAGGAAAAGCAGUAAAGGGUCAUACUGUAAUGUCACGAGGGGCAAUGCUCACAGAUAAAACGUCUCAGGUGCACUUGAUCGGAAUCGCUCCAUGGGGCAUUGUGGAGCACAGGUCUGAGUUGAUUAAAAAGGUAAGAAGCAUUUUGAAAGUCACUUAGUAGCGCACACGAGGAAGAUAUUAUUUUCGCCUGUCUCUUGAACGUGGAAUGACAACAAAUCUUUAAAUAGGAAACACACUUUACAAUAGUGAGAUUCUGAGAGGCCCUGUGAAAGGAAAAGAAAAAUAGGUAAAUAAAUAAAUAAUGGUAAUAAAAGGAACAAGUGGGAAAGUAAAAACAUAAAUUGAAGCUAGCUAGUCUAAGCUAAAGUGCAAGCAUGCAUGACCGCGUUGGAAAACUAUUUCAAACUUUAACGCAACCUUUUCUUGGGAACGGUAUGUCUUUAACUUUAUGGGCAAAGCAAACGAGAGUCAGUUGGCAGCUAUGUCAAAGCCAAGGAUUCCAAGAAGCAGCCAAAUGGCAGCAAAAACAAACAAGGAGAGAAACGUUUCCCUACCAGAAUUAAGACGACUGGCAAUGAGAGGUACAAAAAUUGUGGUACCCAACACAAACGAAACGAAUCUCGCUAUUCAACCGAAAAUACGGUCACAAAUGGCAUCACUUUGAAGCGUGUGUAUGGCCAAGAAGAAAGGUGAGGUACCCGCGUUAAACACUUACGAGAAAGCCACGAUAGCUCAGUUUCUCAGACUCUCACUUCGUAUGUAGAGUCCUGUGGUUAUCGAUUGUUUGCAGGCUCAGCUUCUUUUGUGAACACAAUAACCUGGAAACCAUGUUUGUCAUGUUUCAAUGUCAGCUAGUCGACACAGGUGCGACCUGUAUAUAAUGUAUAUAAUGAUGUGAAUGCUACGCGCGCUGUUAUAGGUCGUUGCCUAUGAUCUAUCAGAGUACAGAUACAUAGUCUAAGAUGACAUCACGGGAAACUUGUUUUGUUUGUUUUGUUCAACAUGGGGACGCGGUUUUGAAAAUGUUUGUGAGAUUAUUUAGGAUUAAAGCAAGUGAAAGCCUCGAAAAAAAAUUGAGCAGGAGCUAUUUACAAAGAAGACAAAUGGAGAAACGGGGACAAAAGGCGCUCUUGAGUACUUAAGAAUCCCCAAAACUACAAGAAAUCUUCACAACACCUGCCAUCAUGUGUCAUCGCUACGAGGGACUCGCUGUUUUGCAAAAUGUUUUCGCCAUUGUUCUGCUUUGAGCAAGAAAAGAAGUUGAAAACUGAACUUCUCGAAGAAACUGUAUACAAGUAAGAUAAAGAAAAAAAGAAGAAGAAGGGACGAAAAGUAGCGCUUGGGACUUAAAAAAGGCCUAAACUAGCACAAAUCCUCGAACAGUCAAGCGGUACGAGGCAGGUAUGUGUAUCGGUCUAUUUUCUUUUCUGAUCGUUGUAUAAAACAAAUAGAUUCCAUGUUGCCAUUGGUCUGUUCAGUAAUAGAUCACAGAGGACGUAAAAAUGUGGUAAAAACAUCAGUUACACACUCGCCGCCACUUUGUUUUUACUACAUUUUGACGUCAUCUGUGAUCUAUUACUGAACAGACGCGCAGUCUGAUAUAGAGACUUAUCGAUUAUCAAGCAAGAAGGCAACCCUCUCAUGGAAAAAGGCAAAACCUAGUUUAAGUUAUUUCACGGCUGCCUGAAGCCUGUUGACGAAGUCCUUCUGCAAGUCUCACAUGGUGGAAGUUCGCAUUUUCCCAAGUUUCAAGUCUCUAGCGAAAGAAAUAAGACUUUACUGUCUGCAGAAACCUUUCAAAAGUUCAAACUUCUCAAGUUACCAUCUCAGGCUAAAGUUCUUGUCUUGUAUGACAAAACAACUCUCUUGACAGUUUAAAGUAUACGGCUGAAAGAUUAUUGGCGAUGUCUUCAAAGGUCUUGGACAUAUCGGUUCAGGUUCAGCUUUGUACUUGAUCUCUUAACAGUUCUAGCACGGCAAACCUCUAGACGUAGCCCUAAAGAAUGAAUGAAAGCAAAGCUUACAGAUCUAGAAAGAAACCCAAAAGUAUAGAAUGGAUCAGCAAUGUGGUAGUGGCAACCAAGCCCGGUAAAAUCCGAAUAUGCUUAGACCCUCAAGAACUGAACAAGGUAAUUCAGCGUCCUAAAUACUUAAUUCCUACACUUGAGGAACUGUUACCUAUUGUAAGCUGUCCAAAGACAGAAUUUUCAGAACGCAAAACGAGAAAGAUGGCUUUUACCAAAUCAGUCUCUACGAAGCCAUCAGCAAAUUAACAAAGUUUUGGAUUUCCAUUUUCUCCGCUUGCCCUUUGGAAGCCUUGCUCCAGAAUAAUUUAGAAAGUAAUCUACAAGAGAAAAGUUCAGACACAACAUCAUAGUUAUGGGAUUUGGCGAAAAGGAAGAGCAGGCAGUCCUAAAACCAGAUCCUGAUAACGUGAAAGUUGUAGAGGAAAUGCCCCAGCCAAAGUGCAAGCAGGAAGCCCUAAUUCUCCUUGGUUUCAUCAAUUAACUCUCAUAGUUUCCUAGACUUGCAUAAGUAUAGCACAGCCUCUAAGACUUAAUAACCUUAAACGACAAGUUCACAUGGUCUUAAUGGCAUAAAGCAGCUUUCCAGAAAAUUUAAUUUUGCUUUAAAAGAGGCUUGUAGUCAACCACCCCAUACUCAAGUACUAAUUGCAAUGAAGAUGUCAUCUUCCAGUGUAGUGCCAGUGAAAGAGGAUUAGGCCCAGCUCUUCCAUAGACCUGUCAGCCAGUAGCGUUUGGUUCAAGGAAUUACACAAGAAAAAGAGUGCCUUGCAAUCGAGUUGGCAAUUGCAGAGUUGUUGAUAAACCCAUUGCGUUUUGACGUUCUCGUUGCCGUGGCAGCCGUCACAUCUUAACUCCCAAAUAAAAGUGGAUAGCUUCCUCAAAACAGUCCCACAAUGCAAUUCGGGAGAAAACCAACCAUAAGGGCUCAAGUCCCCACUUCAAAAUGGCCAAUCAGACGCUCUUGCCUCGAAACUAUCCACAUGGUUGACAAGAAUACUGCAUACGACUAUCCGAAGGCGACCACUUUGCAAAUAACCUCAUUCUCUCGCAGUCAAAUACCGUUUAAGGUAAUUCCCUUGUUUGGCACUGGGCACACACUACUGCGUGUAAUAUUGCAACUUCCAACAUGGCGGCGGUUCUUCCCGCUAGCGCAAAAAGAACAAACAGGAACCGCAUUUGCAGAGCUUAAACUUCUAUUCGCAAUAAUAAUGCUGCAGAUCGGCUGACAGCUUCCUGGUCUGCUAUCGAAAAACAAGAAAAUCAAAAAAAUGUGCGUGAUCCCGAAGUCUGCAGUGGCUUUUCACUUCGCGGCCGUCGAGUUGUGGAAUUAAAGUAUAAAUAUCCUGGCUGAGGCUUUGGAUGGGGGCUGUGAAGCCUGUGGAGCAGCUACACGGCUCUCCAAUUGCAUUAACGAGACAGUGUCUGGCCUAGGAUCGCUACUGUACAUAUGUUGUUCAACCUCCGAGAGUGGAGAGACGAAUAUGUUUGUAGAACAAAUAGGACCCACUGGCAGCACCGGAACCAAGCGUUUUUGAUGAAAACUGGCCAAGUUUGCUGCUGAAUUUACAUUUUGCUAUAUAUAGAAACCAAACAAGAGAACUUAUGAAGAAUAGGAAUCAAUUGUCUUUUCUUCAGGAUUAUUGCGUAAAAGAAAAAACAAAACGGACCCUAGCUCACUGGAACACAGAACACCAGCGCUACAAAAUAGUCCAAAAUGAAGAUUCAUAACUCUAAAAUCUCAUCAAAUCUUAAUUUACCUCAUUCCUUGGUAUUUGUACUCUUUCUGUGUUGGCGAUAUCGAACCCAUAAAAAUAAUCGAAAACAAUCUUGAUCUCGAGUGCAUACUUCGAACACGAUGGGCGCUAUUUUGUAUCUCGUCCCAGUCCCCGCCGCGCGAAUUCUCUAUCCUGACUGCGAUCUCAAAACCAAGUCCACCUUUUACGGCAGUUUGUGAGGAAACAAGCACCUUGACCUCCGACUUUCUUUUCAGUUAUUUGCUAAGAACACAGUCUAAUAAAGAACAUGUUUGAAAAAGAAAAAAAGUUUGAUUGUAGAACAUGACUUUUUUGGGGAAAAUAGUUCCGUACUUGGUGUAUUUGGGCCAAGGCGAGGACUUCAAGCUAACCACGGAACUUUCCAGAAAAAGUGCAAUAUCUCCACAACCAGGCAAUAAAAACGGCUUAAAUGAAGCAAUCCCGCUUAUUUGAAAAAAACAAGCUUUACUUUUAAGAUAAAAUUUCGUGCGUUUCAGGUAACAAAGACUUAAUUCUGUAUGAAGGAGAUUUGAAUUUUUAACGCGCAACUGAUAAAAAUACCCCAGUUUAAGAGCCUGCUGACACGUAAACAAGCACGGUGACUCCAUAUUUUUAUUGCAUUUUUUUACUCUUCAUAUGUCAUGAACGUUGAUUAUGCCAAGUUUCAAAAAAUGUUGAUAGUAGAACAAUUUCAAGGGGUAAUUCCCUUGAAAUUGCUCUACUAUUGUUCUAACUUUCUACUCUCCAAAUUUCAUAAGCAAACGGUUUCCCUGUUUUCUGGAGGGAAUCCUGUUUUUCACUUAGAUACAUAAAACUGUAAUUGUAAUUAUAGUACAAAUUAGUGUGACAUUGUUUAUCAAAAUUAGUGAACACCUACAAGAACAAAACUCGCAGAUUCAAGCCAAUAAUAAAUAAGCAACUAGUAUGUUAUGCCCGAUUUAUAUGUUUCCAAUUCUCUUAAGAGAGCUUGAUACAUUUCCUUCAACAGUCCGGAAUAUCCCUAAAUUUAAGGACAGGGCCAACUGGUCACGCGACACUUUUCAACUAAUGAGAAGGCGUACUUGUGUUUAUCAACAAAGAAAUCAAAACAUCGCCCCAGUGAUCAAAAAUUUUCAAAACAGCGGACGGAGUCGGACAUAAUCAGUCAUCGUUUCGAGGCUCUCAGGCAUAUUUUAAAAUUUUUAAGACUUUUCAUGAGACAUACACAAUUUGUUUAAGUGGACAGCGUAUCGGAAGCCAUAUUGGAAGUGUCUUGUGAAAUAUUCAGCACAUUUUGUGGCUUAUUUCUUUUAAACAACGCGAUGUAUGGGCGAGAUUUUGGUCGGUUUUCAAGGUAGCUGAACAAGUAUCUAUUACUUUUUCGAUUGACAGAUUUUUUACGAAGUUCUAGAUAUUUUUCCUCGAUUGUCAUAUCGAUUAACUUUUAUCAUGUUGAAUGUGGAGAUGGUAGACAAACUAAAAUUUUGGUAGACAAUUUUUGAAUUCCGAGGUCCAAAACACAUACGUUUUCAGCUGUUUUCCACUCCCGGGUUCCUCACAGAGCCGUGUAAUUACUUUUUUUCGCAUUAGUAAGAGCCUUUGCCUUUUUUAUUUUCAAGGCCAAAACGACUUUAUUAUGUCUUAUGGAGAAUCACGUCCAACAUCUCGCCUCACUUUGCCGAAUUUGCGGGGAUGAAAUUGAAGAUCAUAAGCGCAACGUACAUACUAACCGCUUUGUUUCUGAAAUUCACCAAAACCUGGAAAGAUUUAAUGUUGUUGGAUUCUCCAAAUGUUCAUCCACCCACCGUUAAAAAACAAUCAAAGAAAGAAGGCAAAUUUCAAGUGUAAAUGAUGUAUUCUGCUACUCAUUGAACAUGCACUGAUUAUCUGGGAUAAAAUUAAAACAUUGCAGGUACUACAGCAAGCAAAGAAAGCACUAGAUGCGUGAAGUAAACACGAAACAACACAAAAAAACAAACAAGAAAAAUUAAUAAAUUUGAACCACUGUUUACUCUUGUUAUGAUGACUGGUUCUUUGAUUCUUGUCCUGUAGAAGUUAAUAGGUAGUACCAAUCCUGUUUUGUACGAUCUCAACAAAUUUUCACACUCUCUCUAAUGCAAUUUUUACACGGGACCAGAUUGCUUCUAUCAAAAAUCUUGCAAGCCAUGCCAGUGAAGCCACGACCUCUGCGAUCGGUCGGGAUUUUGAGUUCGAACACCCCAAUGAUUCGUUGCAAUGAUUAAUGCUCUUAUUCUCUUACAUGAAAUGUUUUCUUUGAAAUAUUAAAUGUUAAACCUAGACGAGUACCGUAAUCUCAUCUUUAAUUCUGUCAGACUCCGUCCGCUGUUUUGAAAAUUUUUGAUCACUGAGGCGAUGUUUUGAUUUGUUUGUUGAUAAACACAAGCGCGCCUUCUCCUUGGUUGAAAAGUGUCGCGUGACCAGUUGGCCCUCUCCUUAAAUUUAGGGAUAUUCCGGACUGUUCAACUCAAGUAGUUAAUAACCAGUGGCUGCUCAGUUUAUAAAGCAGUAGAUAAUAAACUCUUAAUGACUGGUCCGAGAGAAACAGUUAAUUUUCUUUCCCCAGUAUCCGCCUCGGGAAACAUUGAGAUUCGAGGGAAACAAAAUUAACUGUUUCCCGAGGGGCAAGUCUUUAAGUGAUUUGUCAUACAGCAGGUAAUUUUGAAGCACAGGAAAUCAUCGCUGUAACAGCGGUCGACAAUCGCAGGUAACAGUGCACUGUUAGCCACUGACUUAAUAGAUUUUGGCGAGUAACAGUUUCAUUGUUAGAUGUCAUGUGACCUCGAAGUAGCCAAUGAGAGCGUGCGCUGUUGGGAAAAAAAUUUCCAGCUAUAUAACAAAUAUAAUUAGUGGAUUCAUAUCGCUUGUGGCGCGUUUUCUUGCUUUUUCUGGCAAGUGACCAUCUCCCGUCAGGGAACACUUUCUCCAGAAGCAAAAGUGGUGGGUCAACAGAGAGCUGACAGUACACUCAUUAUCUUUUUAUACACAGGAUUUUGUUACAUAUCACAUGACGCAAAGUUUAGAGAUCCAGGGAUCGUGUAUCGACAACAAUCAUUCACACUUCUUGCUUGUGGACGAUGGCACUGAAGGAGAAUACGGAGGAGAGAUCGAAUUCCGUGCAAGGUUUCAAAACUACUUGGCAAAUAAAGAGAUUUCCAAAAGUAAUUAUCUAAAUGGUUCAGUUUUUUUCUAAUAGUCUUUAACGUAAUCGAAGUGGAACGUCACCCCGAAACAGUCGUUUGGAUAGGUUUUAUAUAAUGCCUGGUGGUCGUUUUCCUUUAGUUCAAUAUAUUGCUCUCUCACAAGCCCAUGAAAGCAAUUGGGAGCUUCUACCGCGUACAUGAAUUUGAGAUUCAUUUUGGGGUUAUUGUUUUUAACUUUCGCCCCCUCAAUGAGAACGAGACUCAAUCCCUCUUUCAAACGUCUGUCAAGAAUUCGUGUAUGCUGCAAAGGCCCACGUUACUUGUUGCCAGCUGCCGAGAUGGUUUCCUUCCUCUCAUAUUACAGGGAUUGUGAAUACAUUGUUGUAAACGUCUACGUUGCUGAUGGAUAACUAAUAAGAUGGAGCUGCAUUUGGAAGAGCUGCCCCAAUGAUACGCGAAUUUUGCAGAAGGAAGGGGGAAAGGCCUGAAGUUAGCGACUACUACUACUACCAUUACCACUUUUUUUUUUAUUUUCCCUUUUUUAGAAGAAUAAAUACAUCCUUUUUCUUUUUAAAACUGCAGGAUACAACUAUUUACAUGAAAAUUCUCAGAACGACAGGCCAAAUGGUAUUCCUGUGGUAUUGCUUGUCCUUGAGGGAGGUCUGAACACUAUUCGCACGGUGUUAGAGUCAGUUACAAGCACUCCUGCCGUGCCUGUCGUCAUUGCGGAUGGUAGCGGCAGAGCUGCUGAUGUUUUAGCUUAUGCUUACUCACUGUUUAUUGAAUAUGAAGGGUUGGUAUUCGUUCUCAUAAUGUUUUUUUUUUAUGUCUAGAAGGUAUGGCAGUUGCGUUAACCGGUCAUUGUUGGACUUUACAUUUACUCAAACCAAAUUUUUGUGUUAUCAAAAUUUUUCUUAAGCUNUGCUGAUGGAUAACUAAUAAGAUGGAGCUGCAUUUGGAAGAGCUGCCCCAAUGAUACGCGAAUUUUGCAGAAGGAAGGGGGAAAGGCCUGAAGUUAGCGACUACUACUACUACCAUUACCACUUUUUUUUUUAUUUUCCCUUUUUUAGAAGAAUAAAUACAUCCUUUUUCUUUUUAAAACUGCAGGAUACAACUAUUUACAUGAAAAUUCUCAGAACGACAGGCCAAAUGGUAUUCCUGUGGUAUUGCUUGUCCUUGAGGGAGGUCUGAACACUAUUCGCACGGUGUUAGAGUCAGUUACAAGCACUCCUGCCGUGCCUGUCGUCAUUGCGGAUGGUAGCGGCAGAGCUGCUGAUGUUUUAGCUUAUGCUUACUCACUGUUUAUUGAAUAUGAAGGGUUGGUAUUCGUUCUCAUAAUGUUUUUUUUUUAUGUCUAGAAGGUAUGGCAGUUGCGUUAACCGGUCAUUGUUGGACUUUACAUUUACUCAAACCAAAUUUUUGUGUUAUCAAAAUUUUUCUUAAGCUGGGAUAUACCUUGAAAUCAUGCCACUAAAGAUUUGGUGGCAAUCAUGUUUUCAGAAUCUUAACACUAUGAGUUUCUUUGAAGGAGGAAUCAUCUAAAAGCUCUUGCAAAAAGGCAAAACACAUUUUAACACUUUACAUGGUUUUGCUAUGUUGACAGGUUUGAUAUGAAGCACUUUCGUCAGGUUGCAGAGCACGAAAUACUUGAAAUGAGAAUUAAAAAAGCCUUCCCUGGUCUCUCUGAAACGGAAUGGUUUAAGUGUUACUCCGACGUACUUAAAUGUGUGAAGAAAAGUCAGUAUGUAAGUUGAGAAAACGAGCAAUUCAAUUUUUUUUUUUGCCUUUUUUGUACAUCUCAUACAAAUGUAAUGAUUUGUGCUCGGUAUUUCAGCCCAGAUUUGUGUUACGGUUAUUAAGCUUUUUCAGAGAAAGUUGACGUUUGAGAGAAAAGUAUAAAAAGAAGAAGUCCCACUUGUUUAAUAAGCUGUUCAACGUCCUUCCUACAGAUCACAAUAUGCCAUAUGGACGACGAUGGUAUCGACAUCGACAGGUCGAUUUUAAAAGCUAUUUUGAAAGGUUUGAAAGCACUUUUUUAAGCAGUUAUUUACAGUGUAUGGCAGUGGGCAGGCUAUUCCAUUUUCAGAUAUACGGUAAUACCAAUGGCAUUAAAUGCUGUUGUCUAUAAUCAUCUUAGAUGCAACGUAUUCUGAUGAAGUGUAGACUGAUGUGUUGUUAUUUAAAUACAUAACAAAGGAGAACAAGUUAUAAAAUCCGCAGCGCCGCUUAUCGCCACGUUUGCAUUUGCAGCGCAAAUUGCUUUGCCUUCAUACCAGCUUGAUUUGGCCUUGACGUGGAACCGAGCUGAUAUUGCUAGAACUGAGAUCUUUACUAAAGACCGAAAGUGGAAGGUAUGGGUGUAAUCGAGCAAGUUGACAGUUGUUGCAUUACAUUUUUGUACUUGACCAGGUGAGCGCUCAGUAAUUAUACUUGAUAGGGAACCGAAAAGCACAGUGGGAGGCUAAGAUACAAAUGUACGCUCGGUAAUUAAAGUUUAUUUUGUAGUUGACAAGGAUCGAAGGAAUUAAGCGUUAGACUUGUCUCCUUGAAAAUCAAAACAAGAAAUGCAAGUUAAUCUUACAGCUAAAAUAGAGUACUAUUGCCCAAAAUUUCGGUCAGUCAGAACUGAAUUUUAAUCAGAGCUGCGAAAUGCUGAUGAAGGUUAGUCUUGUCACGAGUCCAAUCUGAGUAUCGAGAAGUAAAAUUAAUCCCUCUUUAGCUGAUCCCCAGGAAGAGACGGAACAUUUCUCUUGGUGGUGAUAGUAACUUUCAAGCAGAGCAAAUAAAGAAAAGUUACAAACACCUGUACAAAUGUAAGAAAAUAGCGGAAAACUAUUAAUAGACUUCAGUAACCGUCUUUCAGGGUAAGCUCUACAGUCCAAAUUAAGCCAACGAAUGGUGGCCGCUAGCGCUCUUCCUAAAGAUAAGAACCACGCCGCUUUCAGAGCAACAGUGCAAUCUACAGUUUUCCUUGUCAAGGGGCACAGAGUGCAGGUUUGCGGUAAACCUGUAGUGAAGCGGAGAGCAAUUCAAAGCACUUGGCAUUUAUGCACCUACGUUGUAAAACAAAUUAGGUCACUUUCGGUCUGUAAAUAAAUAGGCAAGGGAUUUAAGAGUGGUUGUCAGAGAAAACCGGGCAAAAUGUUAAAAAUGUCAACGGAAGGGGGUCAACAGAAUAAGUUCAUACUAACAUCAAAUAUACCAAACAUAGGUUCUUCACUGCUCUUGUAUUAGAGAUACGAGCAUCACUUUAUUCGACCCCCUCGGACGCCAUUCUUAAGCAUCCACGGACAAGACUAAAAUUUUCUUAUUUUAUCUGACCUAAACUCAGUGUCUGCAAACGAGCAAAAAAUCGGGCAUUUUUGAAUUGAUCUAUAGCACACAACUAAAACGACAGAACAACUCUGACAGCCAAAUUGCAGUCUACUAUCAUCCAUGUAACCAAAACAAUAAUAAUCGUUUUGGGCCAUUGAAACAGGAAGAAAUUAGAAAACUCACAUUUGUUAUAGUUUCCAAGCUUUUUCUUGCAAACAGGCCGAUCCCUUCGUAUUUGUUUUAAGUUCUCUUCGUGAAUUUUCCUUCACAUGUCGCUGUAAAGUAUGUUCCGCAGCUGAAGGACAUAUCAAAAAGCUCGAGAUACUGCCUAGGUAACAUUUUGAAAGGGCAAAAAGUGCUGAACGAUAGGAUAAAACCAGAAAAUAACAAAGCGACGCCAUCUUGGAAAUUCAGCACUCAGGAGGGACUGGCACUAGCAGCUGCCUUGUCCACAAGUGAAUUACCAAACAAAUAAAAAACGAACACAAACAAACCGGCUUAUCAGCGACCUAUUACAGUCCUAUUUCUUCUUCAAUUACUACUUUUAGUUAAAUUGUUGUCGUUUUUUUUUUUCGGCGAAGUGAUGAAGUGUGGUGAACAGGUGACCAAUUGACAUUACUUUAUUCAGUCUUCAUCUGCUCUUCAUUCACUUCAUUUUGAGUUAUCCCAUAUAAACUUAGCGUUUCUUUGGACUCUUUAUUGUAUAAUUUAUUUUUGCGUCAGUCUUCAAUCACCGUGCAUGUCCGAAGGUCCACUCAUCUCCUGUUCAUGAUUUCAUGAUGCACAGUUUCAUAGUCCAGAAGGCUUCGCCCGAAGGGUACCUCUUUCAAGCAUCAGGUGUAUCAAAGGGUAGCUAGGAAAUCACAAGUUGAAGUAUGUNAAAAAACGAACACAAACAAACCGGCUUAUCAGCGACCUAUUACAGUCCUAUUUCUUCUUCAAUUACUACUUUUAGUUAAAUUGUUGUCGUUUUUUUUUUUCGGCGAAGUGAUGAAGUGUGGUGAACAGGUGACCAAUUGACAUUACUUUAUUCAGUCUUCAUCUGCUCUUCAUUCACUUCAUUUUGAGUUAUCCCAUAUAAACUUAGCGUUUCUUUGGACUCUUUAUUGUAUAAUUUAUUUUUGCGUCAGUCUUCAAUCACCGUGCAUGUCCGAAGGUCCACUCAUCUCCUGUUCAUGAUUUCAUGAUGCACAGUUUCAUAGUCCAGAAGGCUUCGCCCGAAGGGUACCUCUUUCAAGCAUCAGGUGUAUCAAAGGGUAGCUAGGAAAUCACAAGUUGAAGUAUGUGAAAGGAGAGGAAAAUCUUUCAUUAAGUAUUUUAAAGAGCCUAUUAUUAAAAUGCUUCGAAGAAACACGCCUUACGGCAAUAUCAUUUACAUGUUAAGGUUACUCGAAAUUGACCGUAAGACCUCCUUUCUUACCGAUUUAUUCUCACGAAGCAGAUAUAAAGGGUACAACUUUUUAAUGGAAGAUACACGGAAGGGGUACCUUUUGUCAAAAAUAGUAUAUUUAAGGGUAAGGGACUGGACCUCGGGGCGAAGCCUCUCCCAACAAGGCUUUAUUAGGUAGCCUCCCACCCCUCCCCCCUCCCCCUUCUCCCUUUCUCCCUAGAGCUUUCCACAAGUUGCUCGCCAACCUUUUUGGCAACCUGUAGUAUUUCGAGCAGCUUUUUGCAUGAUUUCUGAGCAAUUUCUCUUACUAGUUUUCUUCCAAUUCUGAGAUAUCUGACCAGCUUUUAGUGCUUAAAUUGGCCUUGCUUCCAUAUUGCACAGUGUUUUAGUAGACAAUUUAUGAAUUUCCUAUGACAAAGGAGCCAGAUCCUCAACCCUUGGGGGCAGAUGAUGGGCGCAAGAUGCAGCCGGGCUGCUAGGUCAGAGGUUUUUUUGAACAAAAUUCAAAAUGGCGGACGUCGAUUCACACUUGACUGACACGAGUGUCUGAGGUGAAGAAGGUCAUUCAACAAUUUUAAUGGCUUUAUUCUAGAAUUUUUACAAGAUUAAUAUUAAUAUUGAUGAGUAGUCUUUACUCAUACAUUAGUUUUUAAUUGUGGUUUAAGGGCUCCUGAUGGCUGACAGAGUUAUCUAGCAACGCUAAUUACGCUGCAAAAUUGCACAAAAUUACUUUUUUAUACUCUACCAGGAGCCACAGAUAUAUAAAUGGGAGUAGUAUACCGUAACUGGAUACCUUUUCCAGGGAUGGGGCUGACCUCAUCGAAAUAUAUAUCAUAGCCAUUAAAUGUACUAUUUUUAGCACAUUUUGUGCCAUCUUGUGUGACUCGCUCGCGCAUUUUUUGCAACAGCGCCGUGGAAAGGAUUAACAGACGAAAUGCCGUUGGAAAUUACCUCCGUAGCAGAUGAAUAAAUUCCGUUUCUGUCAUCAUUGCCUCCUCUGAAUUUAAGGCAAGACCUUGACAAUUACUCUAAAUGUGAGGACUGUGAACAUGAUUCUGCUUGUGUUAAACACCGUAGUGAGAGUGUUCUUUACAAAUCCAGUGACGAAGAGAUGUAGGAGAUGUCAAAACUCGAGUUAACACUUAGACCCCUUUUAAAAAUUUUUGAACUGCCAAAAACUUGCAUGGAUCCGCCUUUUCUUUACAUGCGACCCGCGGAACCGUAAAGUUUUUGAGCUGCAAACAGUAUUGCGAUCUAUGGAGAAUUUGCACGUUCCCUCUAAACGGGUUGCACAGGUAAAAACUUCGUCCGGACCCAUGGCGUUUAGCUUGUGUGGACCGUGCAAAGAGCAUACUGAAAAAGAAGUGAGCAGGAAAAACAAUGAGGGGUUGGGGUACGGAGUGAGAGCCGUAGGAAAUCCUGUAAUGGUACUUUUUAACAAAAGCUCCUUCUGGAUCCUUCCGGUAAACCAGAUUCUGGUAAACCCUUUGAAUGGUUUAUAUUGACAGCUUUUGUUAACAGUCUAUUACCUUAUGGAAAUGCGAAGUGAUAGCGAUGAGAUCAUCAGUUAGAAGGCUUACUUUCAUACCCGGGAGGGACUCCGCAUACGGUUCCCUCGGAGAAGUUUUGCCUUUCAAGGGGCUUUAGUUUACAAUACUUUACCUUGGCAUUUUAGAAAUUUAAAUUCUAAGUUUCUUUUCAGGAGUAAUUUAAAAGAGUUUUUCAAAAGUAUUCCAUAAUUCAAAACUCUUUUCACUCUCAUAAGCCAAUAAUUUUUACAGAUUUUGAUUUUUGAAUCUUAGAUUUCGUAGUGUUAUUUUAUUUUCCUCUUUCGAUUUUCUUUUUCAGUUUUUAGCAAUUUAUGAGAUAAUUACAGGACCCUUUUGAUAACAGUUCUGUUCUUUUUAUUAGAACUGAUAGGUUAUUCUGUAUAAAUACUCGCGUUAUUAUUACAGUCUCAGGUGUGUAUCGUUGGAUUCAGUAAAUUGAUGCUCGUCGGAAAUUUUGAAUUAAACCCCUAAAGGAGACCGAUCUGGGCGUGGCCCAAGCUUUUUUUGAUCCCUAAAAGAGACCAUGUUGAAACACAGACAAAUGAGAAAACUUGGAUGAUAUGAAUGGAGUAAAUAAAACGAAUUAAAAAUAUACAUAUCAAAUAUAUAUUUUUAUCUUUUUUUGCGUGCUACCCUAAACGAGACCUUCACGGCUAAAUAUGAUGGCGUUUUGCCCAGAACACCCUAAAUGAGACCAAAAACCGAAAUUUACACCCCUAAGCGAGACGACGAGCACCCCCACCACUUUCAUAUGCGGACCCCUCCCCCCCCUCCGGGCUUUCAACAAUUACUUCGUCGGCUGUCUUGGCCGCUUUGCGGCCUAAAAUGCCCGCUCCGCACGCUGAUUUAACUGUUUAUUUUAGGUGAUAAAAAUUAUUGCAAAUUUUACAGCAAGCAAUAUUCACUGCCCGUAGUUAGCCCGAACGCUUAGAAGCUCGCGAGGUUGAUAUAUAGCAAGUCUAGCUAGCCUCCAUAAGAGCGAAGAUAAGUGAUUCAUAAAGAGACAAAAUAGAUCUUCAACAUCUACAUUCACGGGACACCUCGAAAUGAGGAGGGAAUGAAACAAUGCCAGUUAAUCACCAAUAGGCCACUUGCACUAAGAGGUCACGUGACCAAUGCUUCCUUUAAACAAUGAGUUGGAAUCUUGCUGAUGCCAAAAAUUGUUAGAGCACACAAAAAUUAUCUCAAACCCGAAAUUUGAGAGGAAACGCAUUUAAGGGAGAUAUUUUAUGGCACUUUGAUUUUUUAGCAAAGUAGUAUGAUUUGUAUUGGCCGCCAUGUUGGAGGGCAUGCUUUUGCCCUCCAACAUGGCGGCCAAAACUACUUCUUGCUUAUAUCUUGUUCAACGUUUCAUAGUUACGCUCAGAUGUGCUGUAAACGUUAUCACAUCAUCUUUUCAACAUUUUCCUUGAAGAUUAAGUGCAAAAUUGGUGUUCAGAGAGAGGCAAUUCAUAAUUUUAAAAAUCACACUUUGGUCACGUGACCAUUUACGAACUUAUUCAUUUUAAGUAAAUGGUGCGGGUUUGAAAAACCAAAUGACUAUUAUUUUGUUUAAGAUAUGACCCACUAAUGGUUUUUCGAAGGAAAAAUCAUAUAACUUUCAUUUUCAUAAAAACGAUGUCACAUGACCUCUUAGUGCAAAUGGCUUAUUAACCUGCGAUCAGGCGUUCUUCUUGUUUUUUUCCUUUGAAAAAAAAAAAGCUAAAUUCAACUAAAAGAAGUAAUAAGAAGAAAUAAGACUGGAGUAGGUCGCUGAUAAGCUGGUUUGUUUGUUUUUUGUUUUUUAUGUUACUGGUAAUUACAGGAGCCCAUAGGCUCCUGGUAAUAGUUCGUAAUAGCCAACGUUCGAUAAAGAAACUUCUUACAUGAAUCCGAGGCUUUCUGGUUACAUUUCUGUAUUAGGUUUGGUUUUCUAUGUGCUCAAGUCUCUUUUGGGAAUUACGAGACAAUUGAGUUGUGAAAAAUUUGCAGUUUUUGUCCUUAGAAGAUAUCGAACGUGGCUACUAGUGCCAGUCCCUCCCGAGUGCUGAAUUUUCAAGAUGGCGUCGCUUUGUUAUUUUCUAGUUUCAUCCUAUCGUUCAGCACUUUUUGCCCUUUCAAAAUGUUACCUAGGCAGUAUUUCGAGUUUUUUGAUAUGUCCUCCAGCUGCUGAACAUACUUUGCAGCGAAAUAUGAAGGAAAAUUCACGAAGAGGACUUAAAACAAACACGAAGGGAUCGGCCUGUUUGCAAGAAAAAGCUUGGAAACUAUAACAAAUGUGAGUUUUCUAAUUUCUUCCUGUUUCAAUGGCCCAAAAUGAUUAUUAGUGUUUUGGUUACAUGCAUGAUAGUAGACUGCAAUUUGGCUGUCAGAGUUGUUCUGUCGUUUUAGUUGUGUGCUGUAGAUCAAUUCAAAAAUGCCCGAUUUUUUGCUCGUUUGCAGACACUGAGUUUAGGUCAGAUAAAAUAAGAAAAUUUUAGUCUUGUCCGUGGAUGCUUAACAAAUCUUAUGGCUUUAGAAAGUAGUUCUGUAAUGUGUUGUAUCGCAUACAAAAAAUAAACUUCGCUCGUUAAAUUUGGAGAGUCCUGUGAGUUUCAGAAAAUGGUUAAAAUUUGCUUAUAAAAAUGGCGUCCGAGGGGGUCGAAUAAAGUGAUGCUCGUAUCUCUAAUACAAGAGCAGUGGACUACCUAUGUUUGGUAUAUUUGUCCAUUACUCCACCAGACCUAUCUAUGAUGUUAGUAUGAACUUAUUCUGUUGACCCCCUUCCGUUGACAUUUUUAACAUUUUGCCCGGUUUUCUCUGACAACCACUCUUAAAAUGACCUAGAACAUAUAGAUUGGCAAUAUACGUUCUUCGGCGUAAGAUUUAGUUAAGGUCUUGUUUUGGCAAUGUCAAACAUAAAGAUGGGCUCUUACCACUCGUUUUAUCAGUGAACUGAUAUCCAUACCAUUUUUUAAUUUAUAAAGAGAAUUCUUCUUUAACUUUGUUUUCGUUGAAAGGUGUCAGAAGUCCCUCCAGAAUUUGAGCUAGAUUAGUUACAUCUGGAAAUCACAAUGGCAGCGUUUCGGUCAUGUGGAACCUUAUAUAAACAAAUAUCAUUUUUCAUCAAACCGUUCAAUCAAAGAAACGAGGGUUCUAGAGCCAAUCUUUUAUUUUUGAAAGAAUUUUGCAACUAAAUCAUCAGCAUCUUUUUUUUUGGUUUUGAAUAAUCAUAAGGCAAAAGAUGUUUUUCAUUGUUAUUAUUUGAGGUUUGAACCGCAACCUGCGACCUCGGCUCGGCAGGCCGUCCCUUAGCGUAUCCAGUUACGACAGUUAAGUUAACAGGGCGGCUGGGAAAACUUAGCGCAGUGAUAUAUUUCCUCCUAUGUUGAUAGCCCAACCGAAAAAAAAACAUAUAUACAAAAUUGUUGCUGCUUCAAGAGCAAAAUUUCGCAAAUGCAAAGUACUCUCCAUGACGUCUCCAAUAGUGGGCUGUUAUUUAUCUGGCACUCGACAAGUUUGUUUUGACAAAUACUUGCUUCGAUAGCCGGACAAAUUGUUAAAUGCUAAAGAUCCUUCUUCAGACUAAUUCACUAAAAUGGAAGCUCAGUCUUUCAGCGUGUGGACAAGUGUUUUCCAGUUUUGAUGGAACAUAGUUAAAUCAUAUCUAUCUCUAACUUAGAUUAAGGUUGCAUUCUAGUUUAUCUUAAUCAUUUGUUUUGUGCUGGCUUAUCUAACAGAUGAAGACCUUGGAAGAUAAGAUGGAGGACGCUUUAAUCAACAAUCGUGUGGAAUUUGUAGAUCUUCUUUUAGAAAAAGGUGUCAGUAUGAGGAAGUUCCUGACUACAGAUCGGUUAAAUAACCUUUUCAAGGCANAACCGAAAAAAAAACAUAUAUACAAAAUUGUUGCUGCUUCAAGAGCAAAAUUUCGCAAAUGCAAAGUACUCUCCAUGACGUCUCCAAUAGUGGGCUGUUAUUUAUCUGGCACUCGACAAGUUUGUUUUGACAAAUACUUGCUUCGAUAGCCGGACAAAUUGUUAAAUGCUAAAGAUCCUUCUUCAGACUAAUUCACUAAAAUGGAAGCUCAGUCUUUCAGCGUGUGGACAAGUGUUUUCCAGUUUUGAUGGAACAUAGUUAAAUCAUAUCUAUCUCUAACUUAGAUUAAGGUUGCAUUCUAGUUUAUCUUAAUCAUUUGUUUUGUGCUGGCUUAUCUAACAGAUGAAGACCUUGGAAGAUAAGAUGGAGGACGCUUUAAUCAACAAUCGUGUGGAAUUUGUAGAUCUUCUUUUAGAAAAAGGUGUCAGUAUGAGGAAGUUCCUGACUACAGAUCGGUUAAAUAACCUUUUCAAGGCAGUGACCGUAAGUACAACACAUGACGACGUAAGACCAACUUAGAUAUUCGUACAUCAUACAAGACUAGACUGUAUAGCAAUCGGUUUAUCUCUCUUCAUUAAUUCCAAAUCAUUGCUGUUCAGGUACGAAGCGCGAGACCAUAGCGCCCAAGUGGAAUAUAACUUUCCCGUUUUCACGUUACUAUUGGCUAGUGCUUAUGUCAGUCGUACAGGGAUGGGUUGGUGGUUGCCACAAAAGGAAGUGCAGUCGAGAAAACUUGGGGAAAGAAGCGUUUGAAUCUGCUUUCGGAAACGCUCUAACACAACACUUCAAUACAGCCGUACUAUUAAUUGGUCAUGAAGGAGAGUACUCAGGCCGUUCUCGUCAAAUGCUAAACCCUUCAAGUGUCUGUGCAGCCGUCUCGUGACAUAUUGAAACUGAUAUUAUACACCUUCACCAAUGACUUAAUUAGAAAAAAUGCUCCUAAGGGCCUUGGACCUCAUAAACCUAGUAGUCUCAACUGGUAGUCUAAACGGAAGUCCAAGUAAUGAAGUAGAUGGUACUUUUUCCUUAGAGGCGUGAUCAACGGCCACUUGCCAGGAAGCAGAGGCUAGAUCUAUUGUAGAAAAUCAUAUCGAGUUGCUAAAAAUCUCAUUAGCUUGAGAAAGGGUAAAGGAUCCUUCACUGUUGCUGCCAUUGGGUUAACGGAAAUAAACACAUUUUUGACUAAUGACCACCGAGGAAGACCAAGAGCCUUUGUAUUUUUUCACCCUCCCCUGCUGGAGCUGUUAUACUAACGUCCCUUUCAAUUUCAUCCUGCUUGUAUGUAGAGCUGCGACAGAGCCGCUGUCCGGUCGAGGAGCCAUUACUCGUCUUAACUUAGUAGGGACCUUACAAAACUACGACGGCGACGGCGACGGCGACGGCAAGGUCAAAAAGCAAUAGGUUUAGUUAGCAAACCAUCAACUCUGCAUGUGCAUCACGCUUUUUUGUACAUUUCUUUGCCGUCCCUGCACGACUACGACGCGAAAUGACCAAAAUUAAUUUUAAGUUGUUUUGAGGACGGGACAGGCAAGGCGAUAAAUUCUACCAUCCCCGUCUGAACUCGGGGGCAACCCCUUCUCUUCAGCUCCAACAUAAAUUCCCUUUUUUUAAGUAACUUGGCGACUUGGAAUAAUCUUGAAAUGGUUUUAAAGGAUGCGGAGUCUAUUUUUCAGCGAGGUUUUCAUGGACGUCACCGUUGUCUGAUCGUAAGGUCUCUUAAUUAAUUGUUUCACCGCUGUACCGUGGUCCUUAUCUUAAGCUCUAGCUUAGCUAUUAGCUCUAGCUUUGUCAGGAGGACUAUCACUAUCCGCCUCACAAAGCUCAACAGAAACAACACUAAAAUGGGCUCAAACAAAUCAACCACAGAGUCGGUGGCUGAGUUGCAAGUUUAAAACAUGUAGGGGACUACUCUAAAGAAUCCACUUAAACAACCACUAGCGUCCUUCCGACUAAAAUACCUUCCUUUCCAAAUGUUAAUUGAGUCAGGUUUAGAGAACAUAAGCUAAUCAAAUACGGAAGAAAUUACUAAAUUUUAUUUAAAUGCAGUAGUGGAGUAAUUGAGCUCUUCUAAUAAUUCAUCUCUAAUAAUUCCAAAUAGUUUGGCGUUUCGUUCCGACGCAGCAACACAGCCUCAGUAAAAAUUAAACCCUCUAUUAUUUUAAACAUUGAAUUCUCUGAACAUUCCAAUCGUAUUUCUGUGUUUCCGCUCUAGAAGCAGGGAUUACCAUGUAGGGUCGUUCUUGAAGAACGACUUGGAAAAGGGAAGGUAACAGACUUAGUGUUUCAACAUACACCCUAACAUAUAUUUCAGAUUAACUCUGGCAUUAAUUAAUAUAAUAAACUGUCACUUGUAUAAGAGAAUGCUAUUCGUUGCAGAUUGACGACGAAGGCUUCAACGUUUUACACGUAAUAGAAGCCUUAUGGCCACAUUCAUGGGGUACUUACCAGGGAGACGACAGAAUGACUCGUGUGGUAGGAACUCAACUCCUGCAAUGAUUCGUUCAAUAGACAAUAAAAUUCAAUUCUCUAAAUCUUAGUGCGAAUAAAGUAUACGUAAGUUCCGUAAUUACAAAGAGGGAACAACGAAUUCCAGUCAAAGUUACGACCCUCCCUGCAAACUCCAGGUCAUUAUCAUAAGGAUUUUCUCCCGUCUUUCGGCCAUUAGGGAGCUUAAACUAAGACGACGGCGACGUUUACGAGAACCUCAAAAAACCAGUAGGUGUAACCACAACUUUGCACGUGCAUCACGCUUUUUGAUAAUUUUUUUUUUUUGUCGUCACUGAACAACUAAGAGGCGAAAGUGCCCACUUCCACGUUUGUAGGAGGGCGAAACUGCACAACAUAACGACUUUCUUUUCCGUUUCCUGAAUUUCGAUGCGGGCUUUAGGAUGUAACUUAAGAAAAAGUUAAUAACAUUUGACGAAGUGAGCGAGAUGGAAUAAGCGCGAUAAAUCUUGAAGCAGCGCGAAUGAACUUUAAAGUGACGUUUUCGUAGCCAUCGUCGUCCUUGUUGCCUAAGCUCGAAAUUUUUUGAGCGGGCGCAGGAAUUUGACGGGGAGUAAAAUUUCGUCACGUCGUUUACAAAGUUUGAUUAGUCAGUUAGCUUUUCUUCUCGUUCCAAAUAUAGUACUUGAGAACUAUGAAUAUUCACGAGCACAUCAUGUUAGAGUUACAUGUUUUAAGCCCUUAUGAGUUUCUAGUUUCUCUUAGUUACCUAGAGCAGCACAGGAUCCCCAACCUCUGUGAAACGAAACUAAGAACACUACCCCCGACCCCGAGUGGGUGUUUUACUAACUCCCGAGAGAAAGGCCCCUAAUCACCUCUCCCAUAACCAUCCCGUUACAACUAACUGCCCACGGCUCUCCAAGAUGUCGAAAUACUUGUGAAACUGUGCAUGGAAAAUCCCACGCCUCUUCCUUCAUAGAGACGAAACACUACCCUCAAGAGUACAACGAGAAAUAAUUUCAAUGUUUCCCGACAAAGCCAACAAGGGAAAAUCAUUGUAUGUUCUAUUUACCGUAUACUCAGUCUAAAUUAAAAAAGGGCGUCAAUGUUUUGCCAUUUUGCAAUCAUUGAUAUGUACGGUUCAGUUUAUAACAAAGUUCAAAUGCUAGGAUGCUUCUCAAUCUAACCUUGUUUAAUUUUCGAGUCUUCUAAGUUCUGUGGUAGAGAAGAAGGUAAUUAAUUCGCCUCUUUCUAGAAAAAACGCAUAGAAGACGACCCUUACGAGGCAUUGCUUCUGUGGUCCGUACUCAGCAACAUGCAGAAAAUGGCGCUUUUCAUGUGGGAGCGAGGGGAAAAGAAUCUGGCGCGUGCACUCAUAGCAGGAAAGGUGUACAAGCUGAUGGCGAGGUUGACACGCUGCGAUGACGCAAAGGCGGAUGUCACUGACGAGCUCACAGCGAAUUUCGAGUAA